AUGUCGACCAUGCUUAGGCCUAAAUACAACACACAGUGGAAAUUGAUUAACGUGCAUACAACGGUAGACAUAUCUAAAGAUACGAUUGAGGUUUGUUCACGGCGGCAUCAGACUUGCCAAGGUAGAUGUGGGACACCUUCGAGCGAGCAGUCAUUGUGCAACUGUGACUCGUAUUGUGAGAUUUAUGGAGAUUGCUGUUACGAUUACUGGACAAAUUGCAACGACAAAGAAGCUCGGGUCCCUUCUAUGGCAUUAUGGGACCGUACAGUCUGUAAAGAUAGCUCGUACUAUUUGAUUUCCAAAUGUAGUCCAGGAACAUUUAAUGAACAGGUUCGCUUGAACUGUGAACAACCAAAUCAAGACGAUUUUCUUCUUGGUAUUCCAGUCAGUGACGCUUCUAAUUUAGGUUAUUUAAACGUAUAUUGUGCUCUGUGUAAUGGCGUACCGAUGUCGGAUGUUGUAGCAUGGAAAGUUACUGUCAAGUGUAUUUACCCUAAUCUCGCCCCUAAACAGGCUAGGCCUAUAUGGAUAGGCGAAGGACCACUACAGACAACAACCAUGGCUCCAACAACUCCCAUAAAUUUUAAAAACAUUAUUUCUGAGAUUGAUCGCGCAACUAGUCGGUAUUAUGAAUAUGAACCAACUCAAAACUAUAGUAAGAGAUAUUGCCCUCUUGACCCUCAACCCGGAAUAAAAUAUUGCCCACUUGACUUUCCUGAUAUUGAUGUAGCAUAUAAAUGCAAGACCUACAUUGCAACAGUGUACGACAAAUUAUUUGGUAGGAAAUUCGCCAACACACAUUGCGCACGUUGUCAUGGUAUAAGCCUACAACAAAAUACUUGCCGGACAUUUAAACCUAGUGUUGUCCACAGAAAAAAGGAAAAAAAUAAUAAGAUCAUACCCAUCACAAUUUUGCUGGAUUUUUCCUCAGGUUCAACCUUAAGUGUCGAAUCACCACAUUCAAAGGCCAGCACUGUCGGGGUAGAUUGUGGUUCUGGUCGAGUCUUCAAUCCUUUUAUUGGAGAAUCUGGUGAAUGCAUUUCAACUGUUUGCAAAAAUGAUGAGAUCCUUACUGAACAUGGCUGCAUAAAACCAUUUGAUAUUCAAAUGCCUGUGUCAGCACAAUUUAAAGCAGAUGCUGAAUACUCAAGUGAACUCCUAUGCUUAUGUAAACAUGAUAGCAGAGUUCAAUUACGAUACAACUUUCUUAAUAACUUUACCAACAAUGAUUUCUUGACUAGGAUGACGUCAUGGAUACAAUUUCAAAAUGUAACAUUCAAAUUUCAGACGUCUGGUAAACCUCCAAUGUUUACAAUUUAUUUCAAUACGUCACACUGCGACGUGUUCGAAAAUAUUACCCAAAAAAUCUAUCAACAGAUCAAUAGCGAGAACAGACAUUUGUUUGAAAAUAUUACAAUACUGCAGGCGUGUAUAAAUUCAAAAAACAACAUGACGGUACACAAUGAUUACGAAAUUUGUAAUGAUCUGGAGUUAAAUGUGGAUAUGUUAAAUAUUAAGAAAGGGAAUGAAUCAGUAACAGUAGCAGACGAAAAUAAAACUUUCACAAUAUCAGACAGUGAUUAUCGAGUGGAAAUGACGUUUAAUAUUGAAAGCGAACCAGCAAAGGCGAUUACAGUCAGUAUAUCAAAUUGUCUUGAUCGGUCACCCGACCCAACAUGUCCUCUCACUGCUCUGAACAUCAACAAUUUUGAAGUCAUGGAAAAUACAAGUUGGAUGUACAAGCCGAACGGUCAUGUGUUCACAAUUGAUGAGAUUGCAGUAUUUUCUAACGAUUUUGUUUUUGUCUGCUCUUUCUUUUCUCAAAACGGAACGAAUACAUAUGUAUCAACCAUUUUCGUUUAUGAUAAAACCUUGCAGAUUUUGAACGUCGUUGGCGUCUCUUGUUCACUCGUUGGUCUGUUUUUGACAUUUAUUAUACGUUGCAUUAAAAAAGACUUCCGGACAAUUUCUGGUAAAAUUGUAAUGAAUAUUGCGGCGGCAUUGUUUCUGGCACAGCUUGGGACGUUGUUUGCAAAAAGUUUAGUUGAAUCCGAGCUGGGGUGUGUUGCUCUGGCUGCACUUUUGCAUUAUAUGUGGUUGGUGGCGUUUAUGUGGAUGUUUACAAUGUCAAUAGUAUUGUUCAAAUCGUUCCGCUCUUUAAAAUCAGCUGUAGAGCAUCGAAGUGGAAAACAAUCUAUUACAAUGCCUUUCUUUUGUUGUUGGGGACUUCCCGUUUUGGUUGUCGCUGCCGCUAUGACUCUUCAUAUUUGGGAAUACGCACCUAUCAAAUUCUCAUACGGUGACAAAACAGUUUGUUGGAUACGCGAUGAGUUUGCUGCCUUCUUGUUCUUAGGUAUUCCCAUGGCAACGAUCCUUGCUUUAAACAGCAUUAUGUUUGUCGUUAUAGUGUGCGGGAUUUACCAAACUAAAAUGAGCUCUAAAAAGAUGCGAGGAGCUUCUACAAAGAAAGAUAUUUUUACUAAUAUUAUCAUAUUUGCAAAGAUUUCGUGCAUUAUGGGAUUGACUUGGAUCUUUGGGUUUCUUGCUUCAUUCGUCGACGAACCAUUCCUUUGGUAUAUCUUCGUGAUAUUGAAUAGUUUCCAAGGAGUGUUCAUAUUCAUAUCAUUCAAUUCAACACUUGUGGCGGCGCUGUUCAGAAGAAAGCAAAGAAAGCAAGCCACUACUAUUACCAAUACGUAAUAGUCUGUGAUUUCUGGACUACUAGUGUCCACAUUUACUUAUCAGCAUUGUGUUAAGCAUGUUUCAGAAACAUUUUGUGCAAGUUAAGAUCUUUACAGUCUACUUUGUUUCUUCGAUCCUUCUGUGAUAAAUAUAAGAAAACUAUAUAUUUCAAAUUUGCAUACGAAAUUACCACGUGUAAAAUUAUAUCGAAUGAAACAUUAAAAAGAAAGAAAUUAAAAUAAUCGCACAUUUACAUGAAGAGAUUAUAAAUGAUUCAUUUUGAUAAAUGUAUUUAUGGCUCUACAAAAUGAUAUUAUAAUGUAAGUAAUCUUGAUUAGGUCCGGCUUAUGAACUUGAUGAACUAAAAAAAUAGUAUUUACAGAUAAACACUUAAUGGCAACUAGCCUUGCCUAAGCUAAAUGUUGAUGAGGUCUUACUUUCAGUCAGACUCCUAAAACAAAACGACGAUGUCCUUAAAGGUAUAAUGUUUAUUUAUUUUAUGCUAAAAAAUAUCGUGGUGCCAUGUUAAGGUUUCUUUUCUAAGAAGAAAUAACAACUUGAAAGACGAUUAAGUUAUAAAAGCAGGAUCGACUUAGUGAUAGUGUAAGAGGCUAUUUCUAUAAACUAUGCGGACGAAAUAUUUGUACAUUGCUAUUCCAUUGCUUUUGAUAUACACUAAAUAUUAUACAGGAAUUUCGAUGUGUCACAGUAAUGGUUAUGUUUUAUUUACCAGAAAAGUGUGGUAACUAUAAUUUUAAUUGUGCUAGUAAUUAUACAGUAGGGCUAUAAUAUAUAUACUGUUACGUUUUAAUUUUAAAUAGUUUUGCAUUA